CCGCCUUUGGUGGGCGCGGGCGAUGCUGGGAGGCGGAAGCGGCCGCAGGUAUGGCGGCUGCCAUGCCGCUCUGGUUGCCGUUGCUGUUGUUGUUGCUGGUGGGACAGGGCUGCUGUGACCACGCGGAGGGCCCACGCGACAGCCUGCGAGAGGAGCUCGUUAUCACUCCGCUGCCUUCCGGCGAUGUGGCCGCCACAUUCCAGUUCCGCACGCGUUGGGAUUCGGAUCUGCAGCGGGAAGGAGUGUCUCAUUACAGGCUCUUCCCUAAAGCCCUGGGACAGUUGAUCUCCAAGUACUCUUUGCGGGAGCUACACCUGUCAUUCACGCAAGGCUUUUGGAGGACCCGAUACUGGGGGCCACCCUUCCUGCAGGCUCCAUCAGGUGCAGAGCUCUGGGUCUGGUUCCAAGACACUGUCACUGAUGUGGAUAAGUCUUGGAAGGAGCUCAGUAAUGUCCUCUCAGGGAUCUUCUGCGCAUCCCUUAACUUCAUCGACUCCACCAACACCGUCACUCCCACCGCCUCCUUCAAGCCUCUGGGGCUGGCCAAUGACACGGAUCACUACUUCCUGCGCUAUGCCGUCCUACCUCGGGAGGUUGUCUGCACUGAGAACCUCACACCAUGGAAGAAGCUCUUGCCCUGUAGUUCCAAGGCCGGUCUCUCAGUGCUGUUGAAAGCAGAUCGCUUGUUCCACACCAGUUACCACUCCCAGGCAGUGCAUAUCCGGCCUAUCUGCAGAAAUGUUCAUUGCACCAGCGUCUCCUGGGAGCUGAGGCAGACCCUUUCAGUUGUCUUUGAUGCCUUCAUCACGGGACAGGGGAAGAAAGACUGGUCCCUCUUCCGCAUGUUCUCCCGGACUCUCACAGAGGCUUGUCCAUUGGCAUCUCAGAGCCUAGUUUAUGUGGACAUCACAGGCUACAGCCAGGAUAAUGAAACACUGGAGGUGAACCCUCCCCCGACUUCCACAUACCAGGAUGUCAUUUUGGGCAACAGGAAGACCUAUGCUGUCUAUGACUUGUUUGACACAGCCAUGAUCAAUAACUCCCGAAACCUCAACCUCCAGCUCAAAUGGAAGAGACCCCCAGAUAAUGCAGAGGCCCUACCCGUGCCCUUCCUGCAUGCGCAGAGGUACGUGAGUGGCUACGGGCUACAGAAGGGAGAGCUGAGUACUCUUCUGUACAACUCCCAUCCUUACCGGGCCUUCCCUGUGCUGCUGCUGGACGUUGUGCCCUGGUACCUGCGGCUGUAUGUGCACACCCUCACCAUCACCUCCAAGGGCAAGGACAACAAACCAAGUUAUAUCCACUACCAACCUGCCCAGGACCGGCAGCAGCCCCACCUCCUGGAGAUGCUCAUUCAGCUGCCAGCCAACUCUGUCACCAAGGUCUCCAUCCAGUUUGAACGAGCCCUGCUCAAGUGGACAGAGUAUACACCAGACCCUAAUCACGGCUUCUAUGUCAGCCCGUCUGUCCUCAGUGCCCUUGUGCCCAGUGUGGUGGCAGCCAAACCAGUGGACUGGGAAGGGAGCCCUCUCUUCAAUACCUUGUUCCCGGUGUCUGAUGGCUCCAGCUACUUUGUACGACUCUACACAGAGCCCUUGCUGGUGAACCUGCCCACCCCCGACUUCAGCAUGCCCUACAAUGUGAUCUGCCUUACAUGCACUGUGGUGGCUGUGUGCUAUGGCUCCUUCUACAAUCUCCUCACUCGAACCUUCCAUAUUGAAGAGCCUAAAUCGGGCGGCCUGGCCAAGCGGUUGGCUAACCUCAUCCGGCGUGCUCGUGGUGUCCCCCCUCUCUAGUUCCCCCUCUUCUCAGCAACUGCAGCUGCACACUCACCAGCCCCAAGGGAGCAGGGCAGGACUUUUUCUGCCACUCCCUCUGUCUCCAGAGUUUGCUUUUGAUGGUAACUCCCCCUGGAUCUGGUCUGGGCCAAGGUGUGGUUUCCAAUGUGGUAGACUUGAGCCAAAUCCCAUUUCCCUUCCUCAUCUGUGGCAGCCACGCUUCUACCUACAAGGGACUCGUGCUGCUUUAUACUGGACAGCCUAGAGAGGCUUCCAUCACUACAGGACAUUCUGAUGGCCCAGGUAAUGGGGUGCAGUAGAGCUUGUGGUACUGUGUGGGGGCUGAAUUUACUGGUGUAAUAAAGUGGCUGCCUCCCUA